UAUUGUGCUUUUAUAAACCGCGCGUUUCAAGAAUUAUUUAAGUUAGUUCUCGACUAAAUUGCACCUAUUAGUGAAAAACCGUUCUGCGUUGAAAUUUUACGUUUUGCAAAAGUGAUAAUGAACAAGAUCGUUCCACAGAAAUAUUUUUAAUUUACUGUUGUCUUUCAUAAUAUACAUUAAAAAAAAAAGAAUUUUGAAAAGACCUAUAUAACGUUUUCUAUGUUGAACUUAUAAAUCUUGUGGUUUAUACAAAAUCAUAGUGUACCUAUAACGAAAUUCUCUACUCCACUUGAACAAACUAUAGCUAAAUAGAGAAGGAAACAGAAAAAUCGAUCGUCUAUUAAAACAAAUUACAAUUGAAUGCUUGAAAUCGAUAGACUAACAAACAAAAUUAAAUAGUAGAAGAGGACAAGAAAAGAAGACCAAAAAUGCCUGCCAAUCUCAGUAAAUUCAUUAAAACGUCCUGCAAGGAGUACACACAUUGGUGGACAAAUUCGUGUAUUUCCGCAUCAAUGGGCCUUGGCUUAGACUGUUUACAAGAAUCUCUGAAAAUUUAUUCGACAGUUUAUAUUGUUACUUUAUUGAUGAAACGAAAAAAACCAACGAAAGAUGUCAUCUUACAGACGAUAUUAGGAAUUCUUCAAUCUUCAGCAUUUCUUUCUUGUAGUGCAUGUAAUUAUUCCCUGAAUAUUUGUGUUUUAAGGAGGAUCCUGGGAUGUAUGAAUAUUAUUACAGUAUCUUUUUUACCUUCAUUUCUAUCUAGUAUAGCUGCUAUUUUAAUAGAAAAACCUUCUAGACGUACUUUAUUGUGUCUCUAUGUGUCAAAUGUUGCAACAGAAACCUUAUUUAAUAUGGGCGUUUGGAGAGGAUAUUAUCGAAGUAUUCCAUAUGGACAAGUAUAUAUUUUUGCUCUAAGCAUAGCUGUGUUACUUUAUUUUUAUCGAUCUAGACAUGCCAGGCAAGAUUCUAUAUACAAACUUAUUAGGUUUAUAAUUGGUCCAUAUGAACAGACUGAAAAUUUUGGCAAAAGAAAUGAAAAUUUUCAAACGAUUUCUUCCACUCAACCUUUAGAAUCAAGAACCUCUAACCUUUUAGAAGGAAAAUCUAAACGUCAUAACUUUAGUAUUAUUUGGAAAUCUUUUGAAACUUACAAACAGAUCAUAAAUAAUUUAAAAAAUAGAACUAGACAUUCGUCUUGUCCACAUCCUCAUAGUUGUGUUUAUUAUGUAUUAACGAGUGGAGCACAAUUAUUCAGUUAUGGAUAUGGUAUGCAAGCAGCUAUACAGUUGAUUUUUCAGAAUAGACGAAUUUUUACACAGUCAAAGAAUAUAAAAAAAAUAUUAUUUAAGAAAGAAUAUUUGAAGUUGGCUGUAUUUUUAGGAGGAUUUACUACACUUUAUAAGUUUGCAUCAUGUUCACUACGAAGAAUAUAUAAUAAAGAUUCUCCAAAAUUUGCUAUACCUGCUGGUUUGAUUGCUAGUACAGCAUUUAUUGCAUUUCCAAAUAAUACCUUAGCUUUAUACCUUAUGUGGAAAGUGCUACACUUAAUCUGGAUUGAUGGAAUAGAAAAAGAAAUACUUCCUGAUGUUAAAUGGUUCGUUAUUUUUCUAUAUAGCUUUUCUACAGCAGUACUUUUCCAUGCAGCUAUUCUAGAACCACAAAAUUUAAGAUCCUCCUACUGGAAAUUUUUAUAUAAUGUAUCUGGUGGAAGAAUAGCAUCAAUAUCACGUCUUCCUUUAGAACCCUUUGGUCUUAAUACUUACAAAUCACUGCAAGAGGUACUUGUACGAACUAAUACUACUGAUAAACAUAUAUAUUCAUUUUAAUUAGUUCGAUAAAAUUAAAAACAAAUAUUUAUUCUAUUUUUGUAUAUUAUAAUAUUAAAACAAUUGUUUAAAACCAAAGAGUAUAAAAUGUAUUGAUGAUACAAACAUGGUCUGGUA